AUGGACAAUGUUGCAAAGGCCUGUUCGCAGCUCGAACAGAGUGACGCUCGACUCACACUUCUGAAUCUAAACUGCGAAUUCAUUGGGACCCCAGGAGUGCAAAAGCUGGCGAAGAGUUGCCACAAAUGCCAAGUCACCUCCAGAGAGAUCCCAAUUCCACACUCGCCACUGGCGGGCCUCUGGCUGGAAGCCAACGAUGUGUACCCAAGAGGUGCUGAAGCAGUCUCCCAAAUUCUGCAAUGCUCGCCCGAGUUGAAGUAUCUUUAUGUGUCAAACAACAAUUUUGGAAAUUCGGGUGUGGCACAUUUGGCACAUGCAGCUUCUCGCCAACUUGAUGUAUGCCAUAUCGGUGACAACAAAAUCGAUCACAUUGGAGCCAGAGUCAUUGCAGAUGUACUUCUCGGUGAGGCGAGUGUCGUUAGAACAUUGGUUCUUGAUGGUAACAACCUUGGUAAUGAAGGAGCGACCAUCAUUGCCGAAGGAUUAAGGAAAAACAAGAAUUUGGCCAAAUUGGAUCUGAGAAAUAAUCGAAUCGACAAAGCUGGUAUGCUAGCGUUGUUGCAAGUUCUCAAGAAUGACAACAUGACACUUCAGUAUCUAAUGUUACAAGAAACUGAUGAAGGUUGUUCACGCCAUGCCCAAUCGCCACUGGACAAGUCACCACGCCCCAGGAAACAAUCGAACUUUGACGAUUGUACCUGCGAACGCUGUCAAAUUCUAUUCCAGAUGGACUACUUUCUUGCCAUGAACCGUGCUGGUCGACACUCACUAGCCGACGUCAUGGUUCCAGCCAAUCUAUGGCCCCGAAUCCUUUCCAAUGUCUCCCACUCGGACCCGUCACUCAGAUACGCCAUGUUGUCGUUCUACAAGCCCAACAUUGUACCAGGGCACCCAUAG